AGAUCAUUUUUUACUGACCGCCUUUGGUGCCGCGAGGUCGUCUUAACGGAUAGUGUCCAGAUUUUGCAGCAUCCUAUGGUGCUCUUUUCUUAAUUUUUUAAGUGCCGAUUCGAUUUACUGAUAAUUACUGCGCACGUCCGUCUUUUCGGGUUGGAAGAACCCAAGUGUCCUCAGAGUUUUGUGGAUUUGACGAUCUCGUUCAAGUAACUCUGAUGAUCGGUCAAAUCCAAAGAUACAGUAUAUGCUCCUUACAUUGAUUCUUUCGUUGGAAUAAGACUUUAUUUUCGUAAAUUUUUCUUCGACGAUCUUGGUGUGAUUUGUUUCUAAAAAUCCGACUGUGAAUUGAUCAGAAAGAUGUAUUAUUGUUCGUGUUGAUAAGCGGAGCAUAGGAAUUUUCUCUUGAGGACGGCUGCACGUGGUCUCAAAACCAAGAUGCUCAAUCACACAGGAAGUUUGUUAUUGCAAACAAUGCUGUAUUUGGCAAACUCGGAAUUCUCAUCUCUGGAAUUGGACAACGGAACAGUUUUACAACCACAAACUGACGUAACGGCAAAAUGCUACGGCGAGUACGGGUGUUACUCGAUAAACUACCCUUGGAGUGAUAUUCUGAGACCAGUGGCGCAGUUUCCUGAAUCGCCGGAAAAAGUAAACCCCAAGUACUGCCUAUACACUCGACGCAACGCCGACUCGUGCGAGCUCUUAGACCACAAGGAUCCACUUACGAUGUACAAGUCUUAUCUCGUCCCUACACAUCGCAUUUACUUCAUAGCUCAUGGAUUCUUGGAGAGUGGGGACAGGCCUUGGAUAAAGAAACUGACAAAAGCGCUGUUACACAAAGGAGAUGUGAAUGUAAUUACGGUGGAUUGGGGAUCAGGGUCGAUGCCCCCGUAUGCGCAAGCGGUGGCUAACAUCAGACUGGUUGGAAGGAUCACUGCUCAUCUCAUCCAGACAAUGAGAAAAGAGUUGGGAGUUCGCGUGGAAUAUUGUCACAUAAUCGGACACAGUUUGGGCGGUCAUUUAGCCGGUUAUGUGGGUCAUGCUUUGCAAGAGCAGUUUGGUGUGAAGUUGGGAAGAAUCACCGGUCUGGAUCCAGCUGAGCCGCAUUUCAGUCAAACAGCCCCUGAAGUCAGACUCGACUCUACGGACGCCUCAUUUGUCGAUAUAAUCCAUACUGAUGCCACGCCUUUCAUCAAAGGAGGUCUCGGAAUGGAUGAGCCCAUCGGACAUUUGGACUUUUAUCCAAACGGAGGUGAAAGCCAACCUGGUUGUGAUCAGAGCAUGUCAAAAUUGAUAAAUGAUGAGAAGGGCAGUUUUUUCAAAGGUUUGCGCCGCUUCCUAAACUGCGACCACGUGAGAAGCUACGAAUAUUUUAUUGAGACCGUCAAUACGGACCCGCAGUGCUCAUUUCUUGCCGUUGAGUGCGAGUCAUGGGAAAAUUAUCUUGCGGGCAACUGCUUCGGAUGUGAUCAGAAAGAUCGCAUGUGUGCAACCUUUGGUUUUAAUUCAGUUCACUCGAUACAAAAAAUUGCUGCCACAAGGCACUCGAUUGUACCAAGUCCGACAAGGAAGGAGGUCAAGCUGUUUUUAAUCACAAAUAGCAAAGAACCAUUCUGCCAGGCUCAAUAUAAGGUCACAGUCAUGAUAUCGAACUCAACCCAAAGUGUGGAACAUGGAGGCGAGAUAGGGCUCUUCGAAAUUGAAAUAAUGGGAGCUCUUGGUAAAACCAAAUCAAUCCCACUCUUCAGGGAGCAGUAUUAUAAACCUGGAGGUACUUAUACCGGGGUGGUGGCAGAUGUGAACGUGGGACACCUACAGGGGGCAAUUCUUCAUUGGCAGCAUCGCACCACGUUCAAUAUACUAACCUGGCGAUUCGACAAUGUUGUCAUUUAUGUUAACCGAGUCAUCGUUGAAAGUUUACAUCCCAGUGAAAGGCUUGAGCUGUGUCCAGAAGGUAGCAGUGUUUUAGUGUCCGGGCGUUCAACAAAUCUCAACUCUUGCGUAUUUUCACCGGAGCCAGAAGUUAAAGUGAGCUGAGCUUUUGCGAUGUAGACUGAUGCAUCGAGUCAGCAUCGUGCUGGUAGACGCAAAAUCUGUUGGCGACGAUUUGGCUCUUGUUGACGUAUAAUAACUCAAAAGAACUAUAUCCAUCGAAUGAUCGCACCAUAUCAGCCCUUUGCUCGCUGGUCGGACUGAUAUGGUUCAAAAGGCAGCAACCCCAAGUUACGGGACUUUUUUUUAAUGGUGGUCGUUUCCGAUGAAUUGUCUACAUUUUCUUAAAAAAAAUAUGCAGCUGAGCUGGACUGAAUCUACUGGAAAGGAAAAAAAUGAGGAAGGAGUUGAGUUUCGAGUCUAACUUGCAGCAGAAGUGUCAAAUAUUGAUGACUCCACCAUUCCUUAAAAAUAGGUACGUAAAUUUUGUGAGUGCCCUAGGUUGAAGAUUCGUGCUUAAUAAUUAAAUUUAUAUUUAGAAAACAGGUAACUUUUUAACCUGGUUAUGUUCCUAUUAAGUUUAAGUACUAGAUACGUAUUUAAUAUCCGUGUAAACAACUUCUUAAAUAGAGUAUAUUUUACUAAUUACUGUAAGGAGUACCCUUAAUUGAACGAGAGAUUCAGAAUACCAGACUAUUGAAAACGUUCAAGCUUGAGCUGGUGGCAGAAUUUAUGUCCAUUAAAAAUUUCCUCUUAGAUCAUAAGAUUGGGAUAAUGAACCAAAUAUUGUCCUGUAGGGUCUUAACCGAGAAGUUUGAACUUGAUACUCUUUUUAGGAUUUUGUAUUUUCGAUUUUAAAUAUUCCUGUCAUCCUACUGCGGGUCAUAUAUUCUCACUCGCCAAUGAAGAUAAAAACUGCGACUAUGGGUAAAGUUUAUAAAAUUUCUGUGAUCUUUCGUGUCUGACUUUUCAAACGCAAAUUAAGACAAACUGGAGCAACUUGCAAAAUUUUCGCGUUGCUCUAUUGUGUUCCAAAGUUAGAUUGAACAACAGAUACCUAGGUAUUGCUUGAAAUGGGUGUAGUAAAUGAACAUUCAAAUAUUGAGAAUUUUAAGCUCAUUCUACGCUUCCUGUGACUUCAAAGUAAAAUAAUAAAUUAGAAGAUGAAUGUAACGUAAAAUAUAUGCUUUAAACCAUUAGAGAUGAAGUUUGAACAUGGUUAUCGUCUAAAAAUGCUGACUUGCAAUCUCGUCUGAGAGCUAUUUAGUCGAUGACUGAUAAAAAAUAUGAUACUCCGUAGAGUUUGGGGAAUCACCCGGUGAAAUAAUGAAUGUAUAUUAUGGAGUUGGAGUCUGUACCUUGAAUAGACAAUAGAGUAUUUUUGAUUUUACUUUUUUUUAAAUAUAUAUUUUGUAAAUUAAUUUCUAUUUAUACCUAUAUUAAUCAUAAAUUAUAAUGUGUUAUUGGGGUAGUAUUCAACUUAUCCACUGCGCCAGUUAGAAAUUGCUCUGAACUAUAUACCUAUCUCGAUCGUUUCAUUGUCAGUUGUGCAACAGCGAUAUGAGACUUAUAUCGCUCGAUGUACCAAAAAGCAAGCGUCUCAUAUAAUCACAAAGACAUCUCUAAUAAAAAAAUAAUCAAUGCAAAUCGCUGCAAAAAGAGAUUGUAAAACAUUUACUCAUUCAUUGAGAAUUAAUGUCCCUGAUUUUUUUUUUCAAAAGUGUUGGCGUCCUGUUUGCCAUUUAUAUUUCAUGUGUCUGUUAACGACAAAAUUUUGCAGUGUUUCAAAACUGAAUAAUAAAGGCACAUUAUUGGAGAUUUUUGAAAAUUAUUUGAAAACAUCUCUUCCUAACUUGCAUGAUUUUUCAAGUAUUAACUGUCUACCUAGGAGGCAUUUUUUAGAGAAAAAUUUGAAACACAUUUCAAUCAAGCCGCAGUAUGUUCAACUCACGGCGAGUGUAUCUUAACAAAUUUAUUUAGAUUUUAAGAGAAUUUUAUCACGAGAGCUGGCACAGCCUUUUGAAAUACGAAGAUACGCAAUGAGCAAUACGAGAGAAUGCUUCAGUGUCUGUCUCUGACAUGUGCGCCUUUAUUUAAAUGUGUUGUUGCAAUUAUUUUAGUCUCUUACAGGAAAAGAUGGGUCACACCAUGUGCGUAUAAUGUCGGUAAGUUGUAGCAAUCAAACAAUGUUAUAUAUAUCAUUGAUUUACUGUCACUCAUUCUACCCACAGGUACUAUUUUAAGGUUAGACAAAUUGGGCCAUAAAAUGAAGGAGAAGAAGAUUUUAUUUCUUAUUUGACUUUGUAAUUUUGAAUCUAUUCAUUAUUUUGAGACUAUUACGCCUCCUUGCCUUCAUCUCUCUAGGGAUAAUGACUAAUUUUGUGAAUUUUUCCUUGACAUGUUUUUAUACUCAAUAAAUUGUUGAUUUUUGAUAAUCGUU